GUCUCCACCCAAGGAUGAUGAGUCAUUCUCACCAGCUGUUUGUUUACUGCACGGAUCAGCUGUUAGUGUUUGCUUUCUUCUUCAGCCACCAGUCGCCACUUUAACUGAAAGCAUGUUGCCACCAGAAUGGAUGCAAAGCUUUCAGAUGAAAGCGCAGGAUCUUAAACACGGGGACACCUGGAAAUUGGAGUAUGAUGAAAAUAUUGAGCCUAAAAACCCAAACAUGGACUGGAAGGAGUACAUCAGGAACACAAGUGCAAGGUUCAAAUGUUCCGUGUGCCGUAGACAAUGGCCUUCCAACAGGGUGAUGGUGAUCUUCCACAUGUGCCUGAGAAACGGGCAGGGCACCGUCAAAGUGAGGCUGUUACGUCAGAACUGCAAGAUGUGCUCCAACGCUCCAAUGGAGAAUCCCAGAGUCGACUCUGACAACAUAAACAUCCUGAUGGAGAAACUGGUGGAGAAAAUAAAACAGAAGUGCUACUAUGAAAACCUCGACGAAGUCAACCGACAAUUCAAAAGCCUUGAAGUCAAAAGUCCCCAUGAGCCUAAACAUUGUGAGGGGUGCAUAAAAGGCGUGUGCACAAACAAUCAAUAGUAAUAUCUAUCCUAGGGCUUUUAAUUAUGAUGUUUGCCUAACAUAAUAAUGCUAAAGUUUAUGUUCAGUCAUGACUUCAAAGCUUCAAUAAGCUGAAAUGUAUACAAUUCACAAAUUUUGCACAAGCAAAAAAACUAAGCCUGUUAAGUCUGUUGUUAUAUAUUUAUUGUGUGGUUGUGAUUAUUUAAGUCAAAAUUGUCUACUUUCAUCAAUAAAUAUGACAUGAAAUUCUACAGGACUCACUACCACAACAUGAUUUAUAAAAUAAACUUUGGUGAUGUGCUGACCGGAGUGGACAGCAAUUUAUUUAUUGAAUUUUCGCUUCAAUAAAGUAAGCUAAAUGACAUGCGAAUUAUGGUACAAAUGCUGAAUUUUGUCAGAUACAUUACUUUACACUAAGCCUGGGUCUUUCUUUCAGAAAGUAAAACCAAAAUUCGUUUAGAAAAAAUAAAUCUACAAAGAUAUUAUUAUGUUUUUAUUGUUUAAUGAAAAAAAAUGGUCACAUUCGUAGCUCAAUUUUCUGUGCUAUUACUCUUCUCACUGUAUUAUGUGGAAUGUUUUCACUUGUGAAGCUAAUCCAAAUUCUUUAGUAUUGUAACAGUACUGCAGUACACGCUUGCAUAAUGAAAUUAAAAAAAGAUGUAAAAAAUA